CACACGGACGCGGGGACCUCGCACCGACACAUGGGGCCUCCAUCCUCCGGCGAACAGCAGGUGGAGCGAUGGUUCUCUGCAGACUCUGACUGAUGGAAGCAGCGGGGUUCGGUCCGAGCGAGCAGGAGUCUGUGUGGAUCGGAACAACAUGAUGAAGUUAGCGCUUCUCCUCCUCCUGUCGGUGUGUCGGCUGUCCCAGGCUGCUGUCCCCGCUCCAGAUAAGUUCGUAUCCUUGGCGGAGAUGGAAGACGCUCUGCUGAAGAACCUUUUCCAAGGCUACCAGCGCUGGGUCAGACCCAUCCAGCGCGCCAACGACACCGUCAGAGUUCGCUUCGGGCUCAAGAUCUCUCAGCUGGUGGAUGUGGAUGAGAAAAACCAGCUGAUGACAACGAAUGUGUGGCUAACGCAGGAGUGGAUUGAUUUCAAGCUGAGAUGGAACCCAGAUAAAUACGGUGGGAUCACCUCCAUCAGAGUUCCUUCAGAAAACAUUUGGCUCCCAGACAUCGUCCUUUACGAGAACGCUGACGGGCGCUUCGAAGGCUCCCUGAUGACCAAAGCCAUUGUGAAAUACAACGGCGCCAUCACCUGGACGCCGCCUGCCAGUUACAAAUCCGCCUGCACCAUGGACGUUACCUUUUUCCCCUUCGACCGGCAGAACUGCUCCAUGAAGUUCGGGUCCUGGACCUACGAUGGGAACAUGGUGGACCUGGUCCUCAUGGACAACCACGUGGACCGGAAGGACUUCUUUGAUAACGGGGAGUGGGAGAUCCUCAGUGCCACCGGAGCCAAAGGGAACAGGAAGGAUGGCUUGUACUCCUACCCCUUCAUCACCUACUCCUUCAUCCUGAAGAGGCUGCCGCUCUUCUACACGCUCUUCCUCAUCAUCCCCUGUUUGGGCUUGUCCUUUCUGACGGUCCUGGUCUUCUACCUCCCCUCGGACGAAGGAGAAAAGCUCUCGCUCUCCACCUCCGUCCUGGUGUCGCUCACCGUGUUUCUCCUGGUCAUCGAAGAGAUCAUCCCCUCCUCCUCCAAGGUGAUCCCGCUCAUCGGGGAGUAUCUGCUCUUCAUCAUGAUCUUCGUCACCCUCUCCAUCAUCGUCACGGUUUUCGUCAUCAACGUGCACCACCGCUCCUCGGCCACCUACCACCCCAUGUCCCCGUGGGUUCGCAGCCUCUUCCUGCAGAAGCUGCCCCAGCUGCUGUGCAUGCGAGGACACACGGACCGGUACCACUACCCCGAGCUGGCUCCGGAGAGCCCAGAGCUGAAGCCUCGCGCUGGGGGUCGGAGGGGAGGCCAGAGGACGGCGUUAUCGGAGGGGAAAGAAGAUGACGCCUGGGCCACCAUGUUGGAGAGAGCCAUCUAUUCAGUACGCUACAUCAGCAGACAUAUCCGAAAGGAGCACUUCAUCCGGGAGGUGGUCCAAGACUGGAAGUUUGUGGCCCAGGUGUUAGACCGGAUCUUCCUGUGGGCUUUCCUUACCGUCGCCAUUCUGGGCACCAUCCUCAUCUUCACUCCAGCCCUGCAGAUGUUCCUGAAAGUCCCACCUCCAUCCGCGAGCGAGGAGGCGCCUUCAAAUCCGUUACAAUAAUAUUUGUUUUUAUUCUUAUUUGACUUAUGAUCCUCUAUUCAAAAUGUYAUGUUUAUACAAAUAUAAUUACACUUUUCACAACUUGUUAUUGUGGAUAAAUGCAGAAAUAUGAGUGAAGGUUAUAACAGCAGAUGAUAUUUAGAUACAAACUGAAAUUCAGGUCAAAUUCAGCAUUUAGAAAAURGAAUUUAGGCUAAAAUGAAACAAAGUUUUAAUAUAGAAUCAAAGUAAAAACCAACGUGUYGUGUCCAUUAUAUAAUAAACAMACAAAAACRCAAUGAAUGACUUGAUUYAUGUCAUUAACUCACACACUUUCUUUUACACACACUAAUAACUCACGUUUCCAAAGCACAAAAUACCUCCUUGCUGUUCUGACCUAAUAGUAGUGUAUUACAGAGAAACCUUCACUUUCACCACAAACACGUGUGAAAAACACUUGAAAAUAUUUCAGGAAUGAACAGAUUUUCUAUUUAUUUAUCUUUUUCUUAGCUUUCCUUAGCUUCACUACAGAUAAAGAGCUCAAAGUUACACAAGGUGUAAAGAAAUGACAACUUUUUAUUGCCUAAUCUCCAAAAGUAUAAUUUUUGACCUGCUGAGUACUUUGUUAUACUAAUAAAGUUGGUUCAAAUGAAUAAAACUGUAAUUGAUGUGAUUAUUUUAAAAUCACUUUCCAACUCUGCAGCUGAUCAAGUUACAAACAAAAACAUCC